UCUCUUAAUUUUUAUAUUUUUUAGGUUUAAAGUGGUAAUAGUAUUUACUAAUAAAGCACAACAAAAUCACAAGGCCGUUAUGCAGCAGGUUUAAGCAAUUUUAUUACACAAAGACAGAUGUGGCUUACAGGAGUUGCUACAAAAGAUAUAAUUUGCAUACUUGUUAAGAAACAAGACAAGUUAUGUCUGUCAACUAUGCAGCUGGUUUGAGCAACUUUCCUCAUAUACACAAAGGCAAAUGUGGUUUACCAGAGAUUUACGAUUCUCCAGAUGUUCUGAAAAGAGGAGUAGACCAGUUAGUCGAGUUGAUUAAAAACUCGAAGCAUAUGGUUGUACACACUGGAGCUGGCAUAAGCACUGCAGCUGGAAUUCCAGACUUUAGAGGGCCCAAGGGUGUAUGGACACUGGAGUCGAAAGGCCAAGCACCAGUUGUGAAUAUUGAUUUCGAUGAGGCUAUUCCAACUAAGACACACAUGGCUAUUCUUGGCCUGCAACAGUCUGGUAUUGUGAAAUAUGUUGUGAGUCAAAAUAUUGAUGGAUUACAUUUGAGAUCAGGCUAUCCCAGAUCGCAGUUAUCUGAAUUACAUGGAAACAUGUUUGUGGAAAAGUGCGAGAAAUGUGACCACGAAUAUUAUCGACGAACACCAGUUUCUACCAUGACACAGAAGCGAACAGGUAAUGUUUGCAUGCAGAGAGGAAAGCGUGGUCUCACGAACUGCAGAGGAAAGUUGAGAGAUACAAUACUUGAUUGGGAGGAUAACUUACCCUCGGGAGAUUUGUAUAACGCAGAAAUUGAAUCGAAAAAAGCCGAUCUGUCGUUAUGCCUUGGCACGACAUUGCAAAUCGUACCAAGCGGUAAGCUGCCAUUAUUUACGUUGAAAAACAAAGGCAAGAUGGUGAUUGUAAACCUACAGAAAACAAAAUACGACAAAAAGGCCGACGUUCUUAUUCAUGCCUAUGUCGAUGACGUCAUGGAACGCGUGAUGAAAGGACUGGGUUUGAGUAUACCGGAAUUUCAGCCAGAAUUUUAUUUAAGUAGCGUGAUUAUGUUACCUGACGACCAGCUUAAGAUUAAAAAGGUAGAUGUUUCAGAAGUUAAAGCAGAGGACAAAUCCGCGUCUGAGCAGGGUAGGUUAGACCACAACGAUGACGAAAGUAAACAUACCGAAGAUGAAAAAUCAAAUGUAAUAAAAGACGAUAGUUUUAAAUCUGACAAUUCAAAUAUUAAGAGUGUUACAGACCAGCUUGGUGUCAAUAACAGUAAUGAGAUUAUUCAAGAGAUUAAACAAGAAGAUAAUGCAAAUCCUAAGAGUAAUGAUGAGUCGCACAUUAAACCAACGGUAACCAACGGCGGUGCAAAUGACAGACUUCCUAAACGUGAAAUGACCGAUAUUGAAAUUUUUGAAAAUAAAAAACCAAAAAUGUGAAA